UUGGCUCGGCUCCUCCGCUGCUCUGGCAGAAACGCGAAGCCCGCUGCGUCCUAUUCCCAAGCCAUGAACGGCGGCGUCUGCCUGUGCGUGCUGAUGGCGGUCUUGGCGGCAGGCGCCCUGGCACAGCCCGUGCCUCCCGCCGACUCCGCGGGACCCCGGGCGCAGCAGGAGGAGGCGGCGCCGCGGAGGCAGCUGAGGGCGGUGCCGAGAGUGGACGAAGAGCCCCGAGCGCACCUGGGCGCGCUGCUGGCCAGAUACAUCCAGCAGGCUCGGAAAGCUCCUUCUGGCCGAAUGUCUGUGAUCAAGAACCUGCAGAGCCUGGACCCGAGCCACAGGAUAAGAGACCGGGACUACAUGGGCUGGAUGGAUUUCGGCCGGCGCAGCGCCGAGGAGUACGAAUACACUUCCUAGAAGACCGGCCUUCGUCAGGGCAACAGGAAGCGACCUCCUGACUCAGAGGAGGCAGAAUAAGAAAACGAUCACACUCAUAACUCGUAGUCUCUCCGACCUCUGACAUUUAAAGUAUCUAUUUAUUAAGUUUUCAAUGUGAAAAAUCUGUCUGUAACAUUGUCCAAUGUAACCAUGCACCUCAGCAGAAAUGUACAAAUGGAAGACAAAAUGUUUCCCUCAUCUGUGACCCCCAGGUCCUAAAGUAUUGCUAUGCUAUUAAAGUGAUUUCAUUCUGCCCCU